UCACGAAGAGGUGUUUGUUUUCCAUUUUUAGCCGUGGUCGAGGCCUCGUCUCCCUCUAAUUACUCCGCUUUCCUCGCUUGCAAUGCCCGCCCCCUGUUCCUUCUCGGCCUAGAACACACUUCCAACCCCUCCGGCAGAAGAGAUUCUGUGAGAUAAACAUACAAGAUGCGGUGGUUAGGCCUGAGCAUCUUGUUGGUCGUAGCCACUCUCGCGUGGGCUACACAGGAGUGCAAGAACAAACCAACUUGUUCACAAUGUAUUCAGACACCCAACUGCAUGUGGUGUGGGAAACCAGGGAAUUUCACAAAUGAGAAUGGCAAAGGACUAUCAAGAUGCAUCAAGCGAACUGACGAACUAGCUACUGAGUGGCGUGCACAGUGCGGCAGUCUGUACAUCGAUGAACCUGGCAACUACUUUGAAAACAUUGUUAACAACAACCUGACGGCUGCAGGUGUAUUGGCAGGUGGAAGUGCCAGUGGCAGUGGUAUGAGCAUUAGUGGUAGCAGUUCCGAAGAAGCUGUCGUGCAGAUCAAACCUCAAAGAGUACAGAUGAGGCUGAGAGUCCAGGAAGCAUACAAUAUGCAGGUCACUUUCAGACAAGCAGAGGAUUACCCUGUUGACCUUUAUUAUCUCAUGGACUUGUCUAAGUCUAUGGAGGAUGACAAAGAAUCACUCUCCAAGCUGGGGGUCCAAUUAGCGGACGAGAUGCAAAAAAUCACAAGGAAUUUCAAACUUGGCUUCGGUUCCUUUGUGGACAAAGUUGUAAUGCCUUAUGUUAGCACUGUUCCUGAAAGACUCCUUCAUCCAUGCACCAACUGUACUGCUCCAUAUGGCUUCAGGAAUGCCCUUCCACUCACCACAAAUGCCACUGCCUUUGCUUAUGAAGUACAGGAGGCACCAGUAUCAGGUAACCUCGAUGCUCCAGAGGGUGGAUUUGAUGCCAUUAUGCAGGCCAUUGUUUGUCAGGACCAGAUUAGGUGGCGGUCAGAAGCCCGUCGUCUUUUGGUCUUCUCAACAGAUGCUGGAUUUCAUUAUGCAGGAGAUGGCAAGCUUGGAGGCAUUGUGAAACCCAAUGACGGAGAGUGCCACCUCAAUAACAAGGGCGAGUACACUCACUCAACCCUUCAGGAUUAUCCCUCAGUCUCACAGAUUAAUCAAGUCGCCAAACAGCACAAGAUGAACUUGAUCUUUGCUGUGACGCAAGAGCAGUCGUCAGUUUAUUCCCGUCUUUCCCAAAUGAUCGAAGGUUCUGGACAGGGAGAACUCACUGCGAAUUCCUCCAAUGUGGUUGAGCUGGUCAAGGCUGAAUAUAAUAAAAUUACAAGCAAAGUUGAGCUCAAGGACAAUGCCACGGCCCCAGUGAACAUCCGCUACUUCUCAAAGUGCAAGGACGGCACGGAGAAGGAAACCUCAGUCUGCCAGGGACUGAAAGUGGGCGACCAGGUGGAAUUCAGAAUUGAAGUUACUGUUGAGAAGUGUCCUGAGAAACGUGAGGAUUGGAGGCAGCUCAUUGGCAUUUAUCCAGUCGGUUUGAGAGAGAACCUCACCAUCGAUCUUACAAUGCUCUGUGAUUGUCAGUGCGAGCGCCCUGGUGACCCUGGCUAUAUAAUUGGAGCUGAGCAGUGCAACUACCACGGCACAUACCAGUGUGGUGUGUGCAAGUGUGACGAUGGCUUCUUUGGCAGCAACUGUGAGUGUGGCUCAAACACCCCCUGGGCUACAGGUGACUAUGAUGACUCCAGCUGCCGAGAGACUAAUUCAUCAGCUAUAUGCAGCGGCCGAGGCACCUGCACAUGUGGAGAGUGCAAGUGUAAUGAGAGAGAUCAUUCUGAAGAGAUUGUAAGUGGAAAGUUCUGCGAGUGCACCAACUUCCUUUGCGAUCGUCACAAUGGACUACUGUGCUCAGGACCUGAUCAUGGUGAAUGUGUCUGCAAUGAAUGCAAAUGCAAGCCAGGUUGGACUGGAGAGGCCUGCAAUUGUGAAGACAGUGAAAGCAAUUGUGUAAACCCUGAUACUGGAGACAUUUGUUCAAACCAAGGAAAAUGUGAGUGCAACCAGUGCAAGUGUUAUGAGACAGCUGAUGGCAGAUAUUCAGGCAAAUGGUGUGAAGACUGUCCGCUGUGUGGCACUGACUUCAAGUGCCUGGACUUUAAGGAGUGUGUACAGUGUCGUGUUUACGAGACGGGCCCUUUGGCGGAAGAUCCAGUGCUCUGUGAUAGCUGCUCCCUCCUCUACAGCACCAUUACAGACCGAGCCAUUGCCAACUAUACUAUUAAUGUUACUAACUGGGUUGAAGUUGAAAACGAAGGAGAGCGUCUGUGCACCUUCUUUGACGAGAACGAUUGCCGCUUCACCUUUGUUUAUGGAUAUGAUGAGAAUAAGGAACCAAUCGUACGUGUGCAGCAGACACUGGAAUGCCCUCCAAAGUUAGACAUCCUUGGAAUUGUAUUGGGUGUCAUUGGAGCUAUUGUUGCUGUCGGAUUGGCGUUGCUAAUAAUGUGGAAGGUUCUGACAACUAUCCAUGACAGAAGAGAGUUUGCGCGCUUCGAGAAGGAACGCAUGAUGGCCAAGUGGGAUACUGGCGAGAAUCCCAUCUACAAGCAGGCCACAUCCACGUUCAAGAACCCCAUGUACGGUGGUGGCAAGUAAAGAGCCACUGAGCUAUGAUCUCAUCGCUAGGCUUGAAUCUCUGCUGAGAGGUGUAAUCUGAAUUAGAGUAAUGAAGAUGGUUGGUAGUAGUCUUGUCAGCAAACUAUAUUGAACAAUCAAUAGCUCUUUAUUUUAAGAUGUGUUCACAAUGCAUUUUAAUUUAGGUUCUCUUUGUAUCUAUUAUUUUCAUAUUCUUUAUUUUAUCAUUAUUAUUACUUUUUUUUUUUUUUUUUUUUUUUACUUUUGUUAUUAAUAUGAUGCUUGUAGUUAUAUGCUUCUUUGAGUAUGUAACUGUAACAAUAAUAGUAUUGGUAGUAUAGACUUGCUGGAUAAUCCAGUGUUAAUGUGCCAAUUUUUAGUGAAUGUUUCUUUCAAAAUAUUGUGUAUUAAAUGUGUACAUAGUUCAUAGUUGGUGCUGUCACCUCUUAAUUCUUCUUAUAUAGUUUCAUCACAUACUAAAUCUUUGUAGGGUUAUGCCCUUUUAUUUUAAUGACUUUAAAACUUUUAUUUUAUGGAGUUCCACAUUUAUCAAGUUGGAACCUGUUGAAAGCUUUACUAAUCUGUUAAAUUUUACCAAAAAAAAAAAGUCUUCAUACACCAAGUAAGAAAGUGUGCUCCGUUUUUUAAAUGAUAAAUCUAAAUCAUUGCCGUAUUUCCUUCCAUUGUAGUGCCUUUUGCAUUUAUCAUUAUCAGUCUUCACUUAAAAGUGCCUAACAAAACUUUUACUUUUUAUAGUUUAGUAAUUUAUUAGAAAACAAAUGUCGUAUAGGUUCAUAGAAAAUAUAUGAAUAUAUAUCCUUCUGCAAUGCUAAAACCAAAGUUUUAAGACAAUGUAAAAGUCUGGAGAUUGUGGCCACAUUGCAGGCAGCUACUUGGUAUUAAGUUUUAAAAUGUGCAAAUCACAAAUAAUUGUAAUAAUUGUUAAAAAUGAUCUUGUAGAAUAUAGGAGCAAAUAUUAAGGGUCUGUAUGGUAACACUGUACAAUUAUUUAAUAAAAUGAAAAUAAGCCUUUUUUUGUUGGUUUAUUAAACAAGAAAAGCAAACUUUCCAAUCUGUUCAUAGAAAGAAAAGGUAAGCGCAGUAUGUAGAUAUUAAGGAUUAUCAGUCUGCGUAGAUCUAAUGAGUAUGAUACUUUACUUUGUUCAGAGGUUACUGUAAUCAUUAAAUAGAUUCUUUUAGUAAAAUGGGGUGAGAAAUAUAUUUAUACGUAUUUCUGGGUUAACUCGCAAAUUUGAAUUACUUAAGAAAGACUAAAUUACCCAAAAUUCUAACAGUGUAAAAUAUGUUUAACUGUUCAAAAGGUCUAAAAAGUUUUAGUCUUGUGUACAUUGGUUUUAAUAAAACUCAGUGUCUACUU